GGCUGGCAUUUACCUUCAAAUGAGAUGGAUGUUCCAGGGACUGAGAAGCAAAGCAUAGCUACUCCUUGCACCUCCUACUACAAGUCCUAAAUCAGAACAAGCAAUGACAAGCAGACCUCGAAGUUAAAAUGAUUGGAGGCCGCCUCUCUUCUAAGAUUGGCCGCCAUGAUUCUGACAUUUUUGCGGAACAGGCAGGCGAAAGGGAAAAGGAAGAGCCUGAACUUAAAAGAGAUGCAUGGUGGAGGGAAUCACUACGGCCAACACCCAUACCAGGGACUUAUCCUGUCCGAGAUUUUAUUGAAGAUGCCCAGAUGAAUCCAGUGAAAGCAACAUAUAAUUUUAAAGGUGAAGGCAGAAAGAGAGCAUCUAUCUACCAACAGCUUCCUGAUCUAACUCUACCAGACACCUUCAAGUACAUCCCUCCUUCUUUUGUAGAACUAGCCCAGAAAAAAAUUGCAACGUAUUCUUUUAAGAGUACUCCAAGGCAAAGUCCUGCAUGUUUAUCCUAUAGAGACAAGACGAUAGAUACAGAUCCUGGACAAUAUGAUCUUUUCCCUCCUCCAGUCCCCACUUUUCCAACCAAGCAUUACAUGUUCCGAUCAGGAGUUCAGAGGUUUCCCGCUUUCCCCCCGAAAGAAGGCCCAGGCCCUGGUGAAUAUGAAAUAAGAGAAAGUCUGCCUGCACCUAUUCGAUCAUGCUUCCUGUCCAAGGUGCCACGUCUGUUGCCAUCUCAUACUAAAGUACCUGGUCCGGGAAUGUAUUGGCCGACAAAGCAGGUUCCAAAACAGCCUAGAACGAUUGCCAGUAUGGGACGGGAGCACACCAUCUUCUUCAGCAAUGUUCCUGAGCUUUAGAAUCUAGGGUGGUGUAGAUAUACUGAAUUUUACAAGUGUUGAUUUUGAAACCAGGCCCAUGCCUUCUCCAUUGUCUAUUUCUUGUUCUCCAAGCGUAUACUUCAUCACUCUUCUUUUAUGUACAGCAAGGAACAUUCACAGCAAAAUAACAGAUCAGGACAAAACUCAGCAAUACCAUUGCUGUUCCCUGUUUCAAAGAAGUAAGCAUUCCUCUGGAGGAUCAUUGAACAGAGUUAUUCUUAUAGCCUUAAUUCUAAGAUCAAGUAACUUGAUGUAAAGUUUCCUUAUCAGAGGACUGAAUGUACAAUAUUCCUUCACCAAAUGGGUUCUUUAAGAGAUGUUCAUAGCCAAGAGGUGUUCAACGGUGCAGUGUUGUCUCGGCAUGUUGCACAAAUUAAAGGAUACC